AUGGAUCCAGGUUCGAUCUUGGGCUUGCUGGGCUCUGCGGGUGCCAUUACCGCCUGCAUAGUGGGCACCCUCAAAGACCUCGCUGACCUGAGAGCUAAAUUCGCCGUCGCCGACACAAACAUAAAACUGCUUAAGUCCGAACUCACGGCCAUCAAAAGCGCCUUGGACCGUAUACAUGACUGGGCAAAGUACAACCUGGAAGAAGACCAGACCCAAGCGCCCAAGCUGGGUGAGGGUCUCGGGGCCAUACUUGAGGGAUGUAGGGUUGCAAUGGAGGUUUUGGCUGAAGAUGUGGCCGACCUCCUCCACUCGAACACACUCGAACAGGGCCAGUCGCACUUACGUCUUGGGUUUCGAGAUAAAACGAGACUUGUCUGGCAUGAAAGCGCUCUCAAAGAUCACCAGGAGAGACUCAGUCGACAGACUGGGGCGCUGCAUCUGCUCCUUACUGCUAUACAGUGCACCAACAUCUCCGAGCAGACUAGGCUUCUUCGAACGCCAGAAAAUCAGCAGAAAAUCCAGGAUGUCGUCGACGAUACUUCAACUAUCCGUGCGGCACGGAGUCAGCGUGCUUCGAUCAUCUCGCCUUCGAUCAAAAGCGGUCCUUCGACUAUACCGAGCAGAGCUUUUCCAUUCGAUGAGGAGCUCUUGAGGACAGAUGCCUACCUAAAUGCUACUCACCACCAAAGAUCCAAAUCCGACUCUCGUCGUGAUACUGUCCUUCGCCGACCUGAGUUGAACAUACAGAUUCAGGACCAUCUCCUGGUUGAUGAAGGUUACGAUACUAUGAGCAGGACGACGUCGGACUCGGCGCCAUCGGCCAGUCACUUGUCCCCUACAUGGUCUCGCGGGUCCACCUCGAGGCCCCUCAGACCCUACGAAACGAACCCCGUGCGAGCAUCAGAUUCCGGCAAUGUCUAUAAGAUCCAGACUGCCAACCUCACUGGACGUUUCGAUUCGAGUUCGCGGUUGCCAUACUCACCUCUGCAGUCACCCACUGUGAAGACGCUCGACAGGAAGAAGUCCUUUUGGCACAGUUUGCGCCGGAAGAGCGAUUCAGCAAUUGAGGAGCACAACCGGCAACAAGAGACCAAGAGUCCCAUUCCCGGCUCCCAGCGCGGCAAGAAGGGUUUUGAGAACAAAUUUCACACCAGCGUCGACUUGUCGACCUCUGCCGCGAGGAAAUGCCCGCCCAUUGUGCGUGCAGCACAAACGGGCUCAAUCGACGAGAUUGAAUCUUUGCUGGAGGCACACGCGGACAUAGAAGAAUCCUACAGGCCGAUUGGGCGGAAUGCAAUGGCGGUGGCAGCACACUGUGGCAAUGCAGAGGUUGUGGAGCUCCUCCUUCGCUAUGGUGCCAGGAUCUCUCAGCAGGACAACCUGCAUUAUACGCCACUGCAUCUAGCCGCCAGCAGAGGUCAUGUAGGUGUGCUACAGCUCCUCGUUUCUGAGGAUGUGCCGCUCGAGGAAAAGGGCCCGCACGAUAAGAGUGCCCUACGUCUCAGCUGCGACGGCGGACACCUCGAGGCCGCAGAACUCCUACUUGUUCACGGCGCCAAAGUGAAUGCGCGGGAUAAAAGCAACCUGACAUCGCUGCACGCCGCAGCCCAGCGCGGAGACUUCCACACGGUUGCCCUUCUGAUCAAUUACGGCGCACACGUCUCAGCAAAAGAUGCCAAAUUCAUGGACGCCUUGCAUUACGCCUGCGAUGGAGGCUUCGAUAAUGUUGUUGAGCUUCUCCUAAGCAAGAAGGUAGAUAUCGAAACACCAGGCAACGAGGGCAAGACUCCACUCAUGACUGCGGCUUCGGCAGGUCACGCACACACAGUGGACUUUCUUCUGAAACGGAAAGCCUCGUUGAAAAGCAAGGGCUCGGGGGAUAUGACCGCUCUACACUGGGCAGCCUUUAAUGGUCACGUCGAGGUCGUCGACCUUCUUGCGCAAAAGAAGGCGCAGAUCAACGCGGUUAAUGUUGACGGCAGAACUCCACUUCACCUUGCGGUCAUGGCAGAGCAUUUCGCCGUUGUCGAGUUGUUGUUGCGCAAGAAUGCUGCUCUCGAGGCUCGAUGCAAGGAUUCAUUCAGGCCACUGCACUACGCCUGCGGUUUUGACAAUACCGACAUUGUUCUUCUUCUCCUUCGCUCCGGAGCCGAUGUGGAAGCGACUGCAAGUGCCCAGAACCGGCCUCUGCACCUUGCAAUAACUAAAGGGAACAUUUCCAACGUUACAAUGCUUCUUGAGCAUGGCGCAAUGAUCGAUGCACGCAAUGCAGACGGCGAUCGUGCUCUGCUCCUUGCAAGCAGCCAUGGCCAUACAGAGAUAGUCAAGGUUUUGCUGGAUCGGGGCGCUUCUCUCCGUUCCAAGUUCGCUGCCGGCCCUUCUCACGAGGACUCUCCUCUUUGCAUUGCGGCCAAGAAUGGGCAUUCUGACGUGGUCGACCUGCUUAUUGGUUAUGGCGCCUCCGUGAGAGAAAAGGAUGAACAUGCCUGGCAACCGUUGCGCUAUGGUGCAUACUAUGGUCACCCAGAGGUGGUGGAGAGGCUCCUUGCUGCUGGUGCCUCAAUCCCAGGCAUCCAGACAUGGGGCUUCAAUCUUACCGCAGACAGGAUUGGCUUCGCACAGAACGUCACCAUCCCCGAGGAUCGAAAGGAGCAUGUGAUGGCUCUACUCCGAAACGCGGAGGAAACGGAGCGUCUGGUACAGGAGAGCGAGGUUGCGCGGCCUCCCCGAGGUCAUAUGGAUAACGGUGGCGUCACUGAACUCGAGCAAGCUACACAACCCAGACACGUCGAGUUGAGGUCGUCCACCACUCGAGCUGGACCAGCCAAAUUAUCUCGGCGGUUCUCCUACGAGGAACCAUCGCAACCACAAUCGGAAUCGCAAUACUCGUCUGGAGACCCGCCGCAACCGCCGUCGAAUAGUGUGUCUCCAAUGCCACUGGGGGAACCUGGGCUCGCUAGUCGUCGGAAUAGAUCAGAAGCAGAUGCAGGUCCCCCGAUGCCUCAUUACAUGAGAGCCCGUUCAGCAGUACAACCACCCGCUUCUGCAUCCUCGGCAAACAUGGACACCACUCCCGCCAGAACAAAGUCCGAACACAUGUCGUCCCGGUACAGGGACGUCACAAGACGAUGGCAAGAAGCCGUGACCGACAGGCCCAACCGCUCUGCGACGGUAGCCAGUAACGUCUACAACCUCAGGAAAUCCGGCGUAUCUCAACCCAGCGUAUUCUCGCCGGGCCCUUCCGCCAUGUCAUACCAGACCGUGUCUGCCAUGGACGGUCCUGGUCCUGCGUACCGGAGCUCUGACAGUUCGUAUACUUCCUCCAUGCCAUGGAGUGCCGAUUCGAUCACGCAGCCCCGCGCGGAAAAUGUAGCCAGUCCGCCGCCGCCGACAAGACCCCCGCCCCCACCACCAGCAGGGACUGACAAUAUCGUGCAUCCAUGGCAGGUAACGCCGGCGGGGCGGGUCGAGAUGGGAUAG